GCUUGCUUGCGUGUUUGGGCACAACACACAUCAAUCAACACGAGUGUCGUGGUGGUGGGUCAGCACCUAUCAUGAUGUGGCGUGCCAGGUGUCUGUGUUGUUGUCGUUGGUGUGGUGGUGGUGGUGGGGGUGGCAGCACCUUGGCUCGUCGUUGGUUGGCGUCGGCCGGCAUCUUCUCGCUGGUGUUGCUCGUGUUAUCCACGACGACCAUCACGCUCAGCUCCGCACACGCACAACAACAUGAGCCAACACAAGAACAGUUGCGGUCGAUGCGGAUUGCAGUGACCACUGUGGCAAUGCCACCGCUGGAUACACCACGUGACACGCUUGCAACAACAAGAGAACAGCCGCCUCAGGCCCAGCCAUCCUCCUCAUCACACAGCAACAACAGCAGCAGCAACAGAAACAACAACGACGACGAUGCGGCUGUGCUCAAGUACGCGUGGCCCGCAUGCGUGCUGUUCCAAAGCUUCCACCGCAACACCAACUUCCACAACGUCGAUUAUCUUCUCAUCACCCGCAACCCUGGCCCGCAGACGCUCGCCCUUGCGGCUGCAUGCAACAUCACCAUCCGCCACCGCCGCCCAGCCAUUCCGCUCGAGGCCGUCCAGGACCCAGAGUACAAGCGCCUCGUCCAGCCUGGUGGCCAAUAUGCCGGCAUCGGCCUGAUGGACUUUGACUUUCUGUGGCCCUGGUCAUUUGAGGAAUACGAUCGCGUGCUCAUCUUGGACGUGGACAUGCUCGUCAUGAACAACAUCGACCACCUGUUCGUGUUGCCGUCCCACCUCCUCUUCACCAACGGCAUGUUCAGCAGCGUCAACGGCGGCUUCCAGCUCAUCCAGCCCAGCAUGAGCAUCUUCAAGCAGAUGCAGGCGCUCAUCACCGCGCCCCGCGCUUUCCGCCCCGAAACAGGCUGGUACCGUACGGGGCUCCAGCAUGGUCGCACCCACGGCGCUGCCACGCUCCAGGGCUUUCUCACCUACUUCGUCCGUCACGUGUUCCGCGACAAGGCACAAGAGCUUCCUCGCGCCCUCUACAACUGCCAGUUUGAUGCUGAGAUUGAGGCGCUGGCGUUGCUGUGCGACCACAUCUACCUUGCCCACUUCACAGCCUGCCCAAAGCCAAUGCAGGUCUCAGCAAGCACCUUCAUCCAACAAGCCACGGCGCACACGCACCACCUCUGCGCAUGUGCGUUUUUCUACUACAAGACGUUCCAGAUUCACCUCAUCCGCACGCUUCUACCGGACGAUCUUGCUGCUCUCUUACGAAACACCAUCCCAAGAUAACGUUGGGAGGUUGGGAGUGUUGUAUACGUGUUAUUUGUGAGCGCACGUGUGUGUGCAUGUGUGCGUCCGUCCGCGGUUCUGUAUCCGCGUCCCUGUGCUUCCGUGUGCCGAUGUCUGCGACUACUUCCUCGCAUCUUGGUGUCUCCAUGCACACGUCCCUUUGUACCCAUGCCUGCUGGGAUCUAUGAUGCGCCAAAUUCUUGAAUUGCUUCCCAUAAACGACUGUAUGUGCUGCAUAAAACAUAAAACACGU